GACCCGUGGCAUGAAGUUGCUAUAUUGUAGAUGUUCAUUAAGCGACAGCGCAUCAUCUACCGGAGGGUUCUUCGCGUUGUUUCAUCGCUCGUUAACGUUAUUAAAUUACCUGUAGUGUAGCAGCGUCAGAGGAACUUCCUAGCUAACUAAUGUUAUAAAUCAAAGGUCAGCUAUCAGGUGAUGUUAUGUUGCUCCCAACUUCUCUGGCAGUGGUACACUACAGACAAGCUUUAACAGCAUACUCAAAUAGCCUACAAAACUACAAUUAAUCAACAUAAUAUCGCAGUUCUUUUUGCUUGAUGGACACAACAAACACGGAUGGAGGCUCUUUCAAUGCCUCCAUGCAGACAUCGCCUGGGUCCAUGAUCAACCAGUACAAGUUUGAUGAGGAAGAUGAGGAACAGGAGCCAGGCGCCAAAGACAUCUUCAUCACAGUGGACGACCCAGAGAGCCAUGUCACUACCAUUGAAACAUUUAUUACUUACCGGGUUCUCACCAAGACCACUCGCGGCGAGUUUGACUCCUCGGAGUAUGAGGUGCGUCGGCGCUACCAGGACUUCCUGUGGCUGAGGGGGCGUCUGGAGGAGGCCCACCCCACUCUGAUUGUGCACCCCUUACCCGAGAAGUUUGUUAUGAAGGGGAUGGUGGAGAGGUUCAACGACGACUUCAUCGAGACACGCCGGAGAGCCCUCCACCGCUUCCUCGACCGCGUGGCCGACCACCCCAUCCUCUCCUGCAAUGAAGACUUCAGGGUCUUCCUCAGUGCCCAGGCCUGGGAGCUGACGUCCCAUAAGAAGCAGGGCCCAGGCUUCCUCACUCGGAUGGGGGAGACGGUGCGAGCGGUGGCGGCCUCGGUGCGAGGGGUGAAAAACCGACCCGAGGAGUUUAACUCCAUCCAGGAGUACGUGGAGGCCUUCAGCCAGAAGAUGACCUCUCUGGACAGAAUCACUCAGAGGAUAACUAAAGAGGAAAAGGAGUACCUGGAGGAGCUGAAGGAGUACGCCCCCACCUACACGCUCUGGUCGGGCUCGGAAGAGGAGCUGGCCGAGCCGCUGAAGGGCAUGGCCAACUCGCUGGACAGGUGUUACCAGGAGACGGAGGAACAAGGGCGCCAGCUCUCAGACUGCCUGGCCCCAGCGCUGCAUGAGUACGUGCUGUGUUCUGAGACGUUAAAGGCCGUGCUGAGAAGGCGAGACAACAUCCAGGCUGAGCUGGAAGCAAAGAACGAGGCGCUAGCCACCAAGAGGGCGGAUCGUGACGCGGAACCCAGAGAGCGAGGCGUCGUGUGGCAGAGCCUGCUUGGCAAAAACCCAGAGGAGGCCAGGCAGCUGAAGCAGCAGAGGCUGGCCGGGGAGAUUGACGAGCUGAAGGAGGAGAUCGAUAAGAUGGAGGACCGGGUGGAGUGGGCCAACAACGCUCUGAAGGGCGACUGGGGCCGCUGGCAGAGGAGCAUGAGGAGCGACCUGAAGGAGGCCUUCCUCAGCACGGCGCAGAAGAACGUGGACUACUACGAGAAGUGUCUCGCCGUGUGGGAGUCCUUCCUUCUGUCCAUGCGGGCUGAAGUCAGCGAAGUCGACCAGCGAGCGGGUGACUCUUAACCACCCCUAGAUGCCCCUCUGCCACUUCUGUGCACCACCAAAGAGGCCCCCAACAACAACAACAACAACAACAACAACCACCACCACGACCCUCUUCUACGAUUCCACUGCCUUGGUUUUUCUUGCUCUCCUCUUCUUUUUUUUUCUUUCUUUUUUUUUUAAAUCCCACAUGCCCGUCACAGACAAUAACAAACCUAUAGAGAGCGCACACCCCGCUGUGCUCCUCUGAGUGGCUCCAGCACGUAGCGCUCCCGGAGUUCGUCUCGGGGAGGAGGCAGGGGGAAAAAAACACGACUAGAUCUGUGAUGAAUCCAUGACAACCGCCAUCUUAGCAGUACAGGGGAGAUGGGACUCUUGUUCACCUUUUUUUUUACUGUGCCUCAUGUGUGUGUGGAUUUUGAUAUCAGACUCAUGACACACGAUCAUGCCAAAUGUUUUAUACACAUAUAUAUUUUUUUUCUUCUUCUCCUCCUCUUGUUUGAUGAAAAAUGCCAAAAAAAUGAGGCACAAAAUAUUCGAUUGAGUUUUAAAUGAUGGUAUAAUAAAGGGUAACUAAAUGUAAAGAGAUUUAAUGAGAUUAAAAACGACACUUUCUAUAAUGUA